CCUCUCACGCCUCUCUUCCUUCUUUUCCUCCUUUCUCAUAAGUCAUCGGCCAACCAGGAUUUGGAUCCGAGCCAGGUUUUACACUUACAGUUACAAUUACAAUAUGAUAGAUUGAUUUGUUUGGAGGAUUACUCCGGAAAGAUAUGGGGGGGGGUUUUCAUAUACUGUUCCCCGUCUAUGCAUUCUUCUAGGAUCGUAACGAGGAUUUCUUACAGAUAUCAAGUUAGUAUGAUGAAUAAAAAAGAAAAGGCUGACAGUAUUGCAUGAGAGAGAGAUUCUUGGAAAUGUGGUGUGAGAAUUGCCAAUAUCUCUCUCUGACUUGCGCGGGAGGUGAUAGUUCCAGAUAUGCCUAGGAAAGUCAUCGGAGCUUAUCUCAUUUUUUAUUAUUUUGGAGGCUGAUGCGGGGCAAUGAGCCAUGGGCAAUGGGCACUGAUAAUUGACAUCGUACCGCAUAUCUAUGGUGGACCAUUGCACCGUGCGGUAUAUGAACUCCAUUUGAAUCCGAACUGCUCCUCGGCAAUGAAGCUAGCUGUUGGAUAUGUUCGAAACUCCAUCUUACCAAUAGAAAGCAUUGUCAAACACAACGAGACCCUGGUGUUUGAAUAUGAUUCCAAUGACUCGCAGAUGUCAACAGCUACGGAGACUUAGAAUUAUUUCAAUUUCAAGAUACAGUACUAAGAAACCCAUUCGUACAACAUCUCCACCCCUCGCAACUCAUAACAAGGAAUAUUUGGAAGGAUUAGUAUGCAAGUCAGAUAUUUAAAUUUCACUCUUCCCUUCAUCCAAUCCCCCUUCGUCCCAUUCCAAGGUUAUGUGGACAUCCUGAACUAUUAAGUGUGUCUUUUCGCUGCACACUAAAUUAGUGUCUUCUGGGGAUGCUUGUAGUUCAAUAAGUCUUUAUCAAAGUAGAAAACUCCCCUCUAGCCUCGAGCUAUCAGGAACCAUCUUCUUAGUUUUUCGCACAUUGAUAUGGAUUCGAAAGCGUAAUUCACUUAUCCCUUUUCUUAUUAAUCAUAAGAUUCCCAUUCAUCUUUUAUACAUCUCACACGACCAAGAACUUCAAAUACUCAACAAUCCAUAUACAAGAGAUAGCACUUCGCUGCUGUACUCAUCAAUCUGAUCACUACAAUUAAGAUCAAUCAAUACCGCCAUUAAUGUGGUUUGCGCGGAUUCUUACACUUCACCCAAUUCACUAUUCACCAAUAGUUCAUUUCCCAUCGAGAAAAUGGCGAUAAAUCAAGAAUCCCCAGUCAUGUCUUCAGGAAACAAUUCAAAUAACGAUGUCGACGACAAAUCCAGAGCAGAAUAUCUUAGCGAAGAUCAAACUUCUACCACGGAAUACAAGAAAGUCAGUUGGCGCAGUACAUGGGGAUUUGGUCCCGUAACCAUUGGUCCAAGAAUAGGUCCAGUGUUGCCACAUCUUCGUCUAGAUGCCGAUGCAUCAAGUCUCAGCGGGGACAGUGGAAAGGACCUUUUGAGCCAACAGAUUGAAGCCGAAGCAGGUUCUGCUAUUAAAUAUCGUAGUUGCACUUGGCAAAAGACUGCGGCUCUUCUAUUUUCAGAAUAUAUCUGUUUGGCAAUCAUGUCCUUUCCAUGGUCCUACUCAGUUUUAGGACUUGUACCAGGUCUUAUUUUGACUGCGGUUAUCGCAUUCCUGGUUCUCUACACGUCCCUCGUUUUAUGGGAAUUUUGUAUGCGUCACCCUGAACUUAGAGAUGUUUGUGAUGUUGGACAAAUGCUUUUCGGUGGAAGAUGGGCAUGGCAUGCUACUGCAAUCAUGUUUCUUCUGAAUAAUACCUUUAUUCAGGGUCUUCAUGUUUUGACCACUGCAAAAUACUUGAAUACCAUCACCAAUCACAGUCAAUGUACAGUAGUAUUCGCCGUUGUUGCAGCUGUAAUUUGUUGGGUUUGUUCAGUUCCAAGAACCUUCAGCGCUCUAUCUUGGUUGGCCACAUUAUCCGCAAUUUUCACCUUCAUCUCCGUUAUGCUCGCUACAAUCUUUGCUGGAAUCGAACCUCAUCCUCUGGGCUACAAUCCCGAUCCUAACUCCAUCAUCGCAGCCACUGGUCUUGCUGGAGGUGCCCCUACCGUUACUGCAGUAAUGCUUAAGGGUACAACGUUUGUAAAUGGUUUCAAUGCCUUCCUCAAUAUCUCCUACACAUUCAUUGGUCAAAUUACCAUUCCUUCCUUCAUGGCCGAGAUGAAAAAUCCUGCCGAUUUUCCCAAAGCUCUUUGGGCCGUUACCAUUGCCGAAAUUAUUGUUUUCAGUUUGGUCGGUUCAAUCAUUUACGCUUUUACUGGAAAUCAAUACAUGACAGCACCAGCGUUUGGAUCUCUAGGAAAGAAAUUAUACGUCGAUAUCUCCUUCUCUUUCAUGAUUCCAACACUUAUUUUCCUCGGUGUUCUCUAUGCGUCCGUCUCUGGCCGCUUCAUUAUCAACCGCGUCUUCCAUAACAACAAGAGACAUCUUCGUGAGAAUACCACGAAAGGCUGGGUAGUCUGGAUUGCUAUCUUGGCUGCAACUUGGGUUGGUGCCUUCAUCAUUGCCGAAGUUAUUCCCUUCUUUUCGGAUCUUCUAUCUCUGAUGUCUUCCCUGUUUGAUUCCUUUUUUGGAUUUAUUUUCUGGGGUGUAGCAUAUAUUAGAAUGAGACGUGUAGAUCACGGAGCGGGAUGGAUCGGCAAGACGAGUAAGGUUGGAUUGAGUUUCAAUAUUUUGAUUAUAUUGAUUGGGUUGUUGUUUUUGACUGCAGGAACUUAUACGAGUGUUCAGAGUAUUGUGGAUGGGUAUAAUGCUGGAACAUUUGGGGGUGCGUUUACUUGUGCUAGUAAUGGUAUUUAAGUAAUAGAUAGAGGAUACAAAUUAGAUUUGGGAAUGAAGAUGAUCUGUUUUGUUCGAAAGGUGUUGGAUAGAUGAGGUGUGGUGUGGCGAUACUGGUAUGUGGGGGAUAAUAUAUGCGCAUACGUGCGCUUUGGGGGAAACUGGUGGCGGAGUUUGGGAGUCUUACAAACCAAUGGAUACAUAAUGGUUUUGGUUCUGUGCUUUGGUCCAUAGUACAAUCGAGGACUUCCCCUUGAAGAGGAAACAUAGUAAUAAAAGUGUGAUAUAUU